CACCAGCUAUUGGGCAUGUACAAGUUGUUGCUCCUACACCUCCCAUUCCUUCGACCUCCUCCCCAGGAACUGCGGAACAGGACCAGGAUUCUGCGGAAAAGCAACCGCAUUCUCGCCACAGCAGCCAGCUUGUGAGGAGCACUACAAAGGUGCUUUCUUUUAAGGACGAGUCGGGCGCAGAACUUGCGCAGAAAGUGCACGACAUGAAGCUCGAGUUUAGCUGGGUAGGUCGCGAGUGUCGAGAGCGGGCGGACCAGCUGGCGCACGACCACGGAAAAAGGCAUGAUGAGCAUGAUGAAAAAUUCGCGGAACAAGCGAGGCUGCAGGCGGAGGAUUCCAAAAGGUUGGACGCGGUGGAAAAGCGCGAGCGAGAGCGGGAGUUGGCACUCGCGGCUCAGAGCGCAGAUGAGAUGAAGCGGCAGAAAAAACAGCUUGACGAAUACGGCCAGAAAUUCUACGAGUACACCGACCGAAAGAGCGACGAUACGUACCAGAGAUUCAACGGAAUCGAACAAGACGUGCAGAAAAUCCGCGCUGAGGUGAACCAAGUGAAGCAGGAACAGGCUGCGAUGAAGAAGCAAAGUGCAGAAACCCGCAGUCUGGCCGUGUCGGCAAAGGCGCAAGGCGAAAAUAUCAUUGGGUGCAACGUAGAGCACACUGAGUUGCUGAAGAAACUCGUGAAUUGCAUGGCACAGGUGCUCAAAAAUCAAGCCCAAGGGGACUCUAAGAUGGACGAUGUAAGCUCUAAGAUGGACGAUGCGUUACAUCUGAUGAUGAGGGAGGAAGGUCCGGGCAUUGGCAAGGAACAGCCGCAGGCACCGGCAGCGCUUCGAAUUUCGGGAAACACACACAACAAGCAGCUCUGCGUGAAAAACAGCGACCCGCCGCCGGCAGUCUUAGACUGUGCCCCGGAGCAGGCAUCAGCUUGGCGCAAAAGAGAACGCCGCAGCGCUACUGCCCUGCGUAGAUGCUGCAGCUGCGGAGAGGUUCUGCAUGGGCCCGAAAAUGAGCAGGCAGUUCACUGCGAUCGCUGCGGCACUCUUGAGUGCGAGUCUUGUCGCAAGAGAUGCGCUACCCUGAGAUCCAGUGUAUUUCCAACAACUCGAGAAAAGCUUUCUCGUGCCGGCAUCGAGCCAGGGAUGCACAUUUGCUAUCAUUGUUGUCGUGAUGAACUGAAAGUCCGCAGUGGUGACAGUUUUGAGCAGAGGAAGGCACAGUGUGCAUUAGAAUUAAAGAACACUCCUCAGCAACUGGCCAUUACUCAGGGCUCGAAAGUGAUAGCGACGAACAACACCGAUGGAAACAAGGGCAGUUCUUCCCGCCUGGCACUGACAGAUCGAGAUCCAUCUGGAAAUCAAGAAAUUGUUGAACUACGUCGGGAUGCCAAAAGACUUGCAAGUGGUGGCGCUGCCGGGUAUUCCUCCAGUGAAGAUGAUGUCGACCAUGAUUUCUUUCCACCGACGAGCAGUGAUGACGAAAGCGUAAGCGACACAGAGCGGAACAAAAAACGCAAGAAAUCUCUGAAGAGUUCUCCCAUACGGCGCGCAGGUCCCCUUGAACUUGGUGAAAAUGGUAAAGCUAAAGCCGAUCCCCCGUCGAAAAAGCAGAAGCGUUCGCUUGAUGCGGAAUGUCUCGAGCGAGCAUUCCAAAAUGAUCCUGACCAGUUUCUUGCCCCCGUCCACCUACGAGACGAAGAUAUUGAGGAAGGCAAGGAGAUCGAUCUUUUUGUUAGCAGUAUCUUGUACAGCCAAAACACUAUCCGAGAUACCUUCACUGACGGGACGCCGAUUUAUCCGUUGAUCCAUCAGCUGCAGGACGGGAGCAAGCGACCCGAGGAUAUUCGCAUGAUCCGGGUCACCAUUGCAAAGAUCGAGGACCGGUUUUUUUAUGUCACGCAGGACAACCGCCGGCUUUAUUGUUUUUGGAAGGGGGGCGUGAAGGAGAUUCGCGUCCUGGUCGUAGCCGCCAAACAGGACUUCGUUCGUGAGAAACUCACCCGAAACGAAGGGCCUUUCAAACCAAAGGACGUUAUAUGGGGCGAUGGAUUCGUUCGCCCGUCUCACCCGGAAAGAAAGCAGAUGCCUUGGGCAAUGGUGAGUGGGCACGUUCCGGGGCAUGUUUUCCGCAAGGAGUGGCAGUGCAGCUGCUACUGGUGUUACUGGUAUCGUACAGCACGUUCUUUUUCUGACGAAAUAUUGGAAGCUGAGGCUACCAAAAAUGCCAACCUGGAGCGGCUAGAGCGGUUAUCGAAAGCUUCGAAGCGGAACACCGGGCCGGAUGGCGGACGCAAGAAAGCACCGCUCGGAGACGGAUGGGGAUCUGUUAUCGACACUACGAAGUCUGCCGUUCCGCCGAACAAGCAGCCACAGAGCGAGGGCGAGAUUGAUCUGAGUUCUGACGGCAAGAAAGACCAUGGCGUGGUGGGGCCUCUUUAUCACGAAGGGGGAAAAACUCCAUUCGCUUUCGAUCAAGAACCCGACCAGGAUCACAAAUACCACAAAGGUGGCCAAAAAUUGCAGGACCGCGCCGGAGCUUCCGACAGUUCGGGCGAUCCGACUCGCACCGGCAGUCGAACGUUGGCAAUUCGAGAUAUUGAGCCACCAACUUCCAGUCGGCUGGAAAGACCCAGCAAAGUGCGUCGUGAUGAAGGUGACUAUGGGGCAAGGAAGACGUGGCGAUCGGGGGACGAUUGCGGCCCUGGGUACGGUAAACUCAUCACUACCGUGCAGAACAAGAAGUCGCCACUUGAUGACACCAAGGGGCAGCCCAUCCCAAAGUCUUCCGCCCCCGCCCCUUGCACGAAUUCGAGCAGUUCCGGUUCUUCUUCACGGGAGCAGAAAAAUACCUUCGAUCAUCGCGACACUUUGCGCGACAAGGAUCCUUCAGCCCGCGGCAAGGAUCCUUCAGAUUGCACGCGCACGCACAAAGUUGACAAGACUCUGAAAACUGAUACAGAGCAUGACGAGGAAAACAAGCAGCCUGAGUUUGAUGGUGGAGAGCACAACAUGAAUGAUCCCGAUAACGAUGUAAUUGAUGAAAGUGAAAGCAAGCCUGACAACGGAAGCAAUGGCGAACUCUUUGCCAAAUUUUUGAAAGACCGUCAAGAGAAGAAGGAUAAGAAAGCCGAAAAGUGUACUUGUAAAGAUGCACCUGACAAAGUCAAAGCGAAAGUUCCCGACAAAGGUAAAGCAACGGUGGCGGAUGGUGACCGUCGCGGACGCGCCGUGGCGGGAGCAAGCAGUUUGCAUCUCAAAAGGGACUUCAAUGAUCGCGACAAAUCACGGAAGGAGGCGCAGCGACAGGCUCAACGUGUCGCAAUUGAGUCUGUCACUCCAGCAUUAAUGGACAUUUCUGGGACCACCCCUGCGGGUAUCAUUCUCGGAGACGACUUUACGCAAACACCGGCCAUGACGGUCUGCAACGGCGGGUCCGUGACUCCUUCAGUCAUAGCACCGGCUGUUGACGAGCCGAGUACGACCAUGGCAAGGAACUCGCGGAAUCCGUUUCUAUCGGGACCGGUGACGUAUGAGGAUCUCGAUCUAUCGCGCACGCCGGUACUGAACUGAGCAGUUUUGAGGCUUUUCGAUGAGACGCAGUGUAGAUAGAAGAGAUGAUGGACGGAGAAAAAACGGAGACUUAGGAAGGUUUGUUUGCAGCAAAAAAAACCUCCGUCAUGAUCGAAGUGCAGCGAUGGUUUUCGUUUUUUUUUUUGAAUAAAAGAAUGGCUGCACUCAUUCGAUGCUUUUUACCCUUGUAAGUAGAUCUCUGUUUGUUCAUUCCGAAGCGGAAUAAACUAUGUAAAGCGAGAGUAAGGUAAAGAGCGAAAGCAAGUAGAAGUACUUCAUCAAGACGUUUUCUCAUUCUGCCUCUAUUUCGCGCUGAUAGAAGGUUUUUUGAAUUUCUCUACGAGAUUCCCUCAAGCACUACUUAGGUACUCGUUCAGACCCAUUCCCAAUCGGUCCGAAAUCAAAAAGAUACGAAAAACAAGAAAAAAAGCAAAAAAUAACGGAAGAAAAAAAUAUAACUUUUGAUGGUGGGAGCGC